AUGGAUCCCAAUCUUCGGCUAACUGUAGCUUUUCUUGCUGUUCUGGUCCUUGAGACUGUCGUUGGAAUAUUGGACAAUAUUUUUAUCAUCUUCGUCAUAUGUUUUCACAAUGGAAAAAGACAAGAGGCAAAAGCCGGCGAUGCCAUUCUGGUGGCACUGGGUAUAACCAGCGUUUGUCAGGGAUCUGCAUUGGCUUUUAACAUUUUAUCAAAUUACAUUGGUCCCAAGAUUUACAAAGAAAUGUAUGUAUCCUACAUUGUGUUUUUUCUGACUGCGUACGUCAUCAUGUCUUGUGCCUGGCUUACUGCGAGCCUCUUCUUCUUUUAUUUCUCUAAAAUCACCACCUCCAGCUGGCGUCCUCUACAAUGGGUGAAGUUAAAGAUCAACACGGUUGUAAAUUGGUUGGUUUUGGCGUCUGAAAUCGCAUCUGUUUUUAGCUGUUUUCCAAUCUUCAUUUCAUUGAUUAAACCCAAGAGCAUUAUUGGUGGCAACAUCUUCACCAACGUUUCCUCGGAUACUUAUGACAUUGCUCCAAAAAAUAUUUAUCUCAUUUGUACCUGUGCCCCCCUUUUUAUUAUAAUUAUCACAACUGCCUGCUCAGCUGCUUCCCUUAACCUACAUGCUAAAAAAAUGGAGAAGAACGCGGCGACCUCUACCAAUGGAAAUAUAAAAAUGUAUCAAAAUAUUGUCCGCAAAAUGUUUUAUCUUCUGUUGUUCUAUGUCAUGUUUUAUGUUUCAUUUUUUCUCUUUUUAUUUGAUGUUUUUACCACGUUGAGCAUUGGAUAUUGGAUCCAGUUGUUAGUUAUGUUUUCCUUAACACCUGUUCAGUCAGUUUUCUUAAUUGUUGUUACCCCCAAACUGAAGGAAGCUUGGAUUCAUGUGUUCAGUCUCAUCAAAGAGAAGAUCACUGUGUGCUUGAAUGUUGGAUUGUAA